UGGCGGUCACUGGGAGGCAGGACUCGAUACGGCGUGACUCUCAGUGGUCCUAUAAACGCCCAACAAUAAGAAAAAAAUAGCUUAAUACGGCGUCAGAUGAAGUGAUGGCCCUACAAUCUCCCAACAACACGACCACAACACAGUUUGCUUAUUUUUCUAGGGCACACAACUAACAUCAUUAGCUUGUCUGGUACAUGGGAAGCCUCUUGCAUUGAUAAAUGGGCAUCAAGUACAGCUUGCUCCAGGGCAUCGUUUAAUGACCAAAUACAUCUUAUCAACCCCACCUCUGGUGGUAAAGAUGGCAGGUUGGACAGGUAAACGUGCCAAUGUGUCCUACUCUAAGCCUGAGGAGCCAGCAUUCCUGAAGAGGUUCAAAGAGCAAGUGGGCUACAAGGAAGACAGGGGGCUGUCUGAUAAGUUUGCUGUAAUGCCACCAGCGACGGAUGAUGAUCUGGAUGACAAAGAGGAUGAACUUCCACAGGUAGUGAGUCUACAUGCAGAUGACUUGACACAAGAGGAAUAUGAGAAGCUUCAUGCAGAAGGCAAGCUAAGUGAGCUUUUAAAAGGCACUCAUGAGGAAGUUCAAGGUCCCAAACAAAGGGAUGAAGAACCUCCUGCCGAUGGUAGAAUAUUGUUUCGAAAACCUACAAAACGUAGUGGAGAAGACAAAAAGGGAAGAUUAGAUCCAAAGAAGUUAAAGCGAGAGGAAAAGGAUGAAAAACCCGAGAAGAAAUAUAAAGAUAAAAGGAAAGAGCUGCAGAAACAGAAACUUUUAUCAUUUAAUGAAGAUGAGGAAGAUGAGGAGGAUUAAAUAUAACUGUUUGUCAAUUUCUUUUAAUAAAGCACACUUUAUCUCA